CCUCGAUAUCAGACGGUCGCGACAAUGGAAGGAUGAGAGUGCGCUGGAAAAAAACUCGAUUGAAAUUUCAAAUUUUCUCGUUCAUUUCUCACGUUAAUAUAAAAAUAUUUUAACCAAAGCAUAUAUUAUGUGAAUAUCAUUCUUUUGGAGAUGGAACUCCUGUAUUGAUUUUUCACGAAAACUCCAGAAACUUCAAUUUUCUUGUUUUGAAAUGAUAAAAGAAUGACCACCGAAGGAAAUAUGGGUCAAGGAAUAAAGAGAAAAAUGGAUGUUCUUGAAAUUGAUAAGCUGCCACAAAACCAAAGGCAAUGUAUAGUUGACAUAUCAGUGACAAAGCUGCAAGUUAACAAAAGCGAACGGAAAGUGGAACCUUCACUUCUUAGAUCAGUUCUCAUUUUAAAUACAUUGAAACACAUUGAAACAGAACUAAAAAAGGAAGGACUAUGUCCAAAUUCGAACACAUCAGCAAUGGAUAUCCCGGAAGUGAAUCCAAAUUCUACUGCAAUAGACUUUUUGCCUGAAGUUCCUAGUAAUUCAAAGCCUGCUGAUGUUCCUGUUGUCGCUGAACAAUUUGGACCUUUGCCAUCAAUUGACACAUUUGUAGGAAAUCGUGCUGUUCAAGCACAAGAUAGGACAGAAAACUCACCAUUCUCUAUUGUAACAGAAGCAGCAUUGACAACUAUUUAUCCAUCUUCUUUAAGAAUGGAGGAAGUGUUUAAUGAUCUUGACUUCAAUAUUGCUGACUAUGAUGUUUUCUCUGCAGUUGGUACUAACAAACUGACUCCACUUAGUGCAGAGGAGGUUAUACAUUCCUGUCCAAGUUCCCCACCUGCAUUUGCAACAGAUACAUUCACAACAUUAGCAAAUGCUUCAUUAUCUCCUUACUGCAAAUCAGAUUCAGCUUUUGAAGAUCUAGAAAACAUCAUGCAGAUUCUUGUUGGUUCUUGACAAGACCUAGAAACAAUGCUGGAGUGUGGUUAACUUACAAAAAAUGUUUUUAAUUUACAAAACUUUUGGAACUGUUUAAAGUGACCUUCUGGCUUUAUUGGUAGACAUUGUGCCUGAUUUUAGAUGGAUGUGCAAUUGUAACAAGAAAGGUGCUGCUUGUGCCACUGACUGUGAUGUGUUACAGGAAUACAUACUGUAUGUAGGCAUAUUUUGUUGUUGAAUUUUGAAAAGUAUAAGAUGUGGAUCAUGCAAUAAGUAUGAAUCAAAACUAUUUAUUUUUGUCAUUACAAUUCGGAUCAUAUGUUCAUACAUAUUUAUUUGUUCAUGAAUUAUAAAUAUUUAUUAUAUAUAUAUAUAUAUUAUCAUGAUAAUUUUUAUAUUUAAGUAUUUUUUCAAUUACUUUUAUACAAUGAAUUAGAAAAAUUAUAGUGAUGUAAAAUGCAGGGUUUCUGUCUGAUGUGUUUGUAACAUUUUAUUGUUUUUGUAAGAUUUGGUAUUUGUUGAAAAUCAGUAAUUUUCCUGAGAACGCUUAGAGAUUGGAAUAACACUUAUGGAUGAAGAAAUUUUAAACUAAUUAUUUUAACUUUAAUUCAAUCUAUUAAGAAAUUGAACAUGACUAUGUUGUAUUUUUUAUCGUCCACUGUUGCUGUUUUUACCAAACAUGUUUUUUUACAACAAAGCUAGAUCUGUGGUCUGUGUUAUUCUGAAAUAUGUUUCUGUAGAGUUAGAUAAUCACAUUAAAAAUUAGAUUCAUAAUUUGUCUAAAAUAAUUUGCGCGAUUAUUUAAUUUGUGUGACAUGAUGCGGAUACAUGGGCUUUUUGCUGUUUGAUAGCAUGUCAUGUGUUUUCUGUUUAUCACUUUCACACUGUUGUAUCAGAGUUUGACAUUGAUAAAUAACUAUUAUUAGAAAAAGAAACGAUAGACCAGUGCUUAGAAAAGAUGUCACUUUCGGUCCCGGAUCCCAAGAAACGCUUCCAAUUAUCUCUUAAGUUGCUUUAACCAUAACAUUAUCAUGUUAUUGUUAGUCGCCAUUUUCACAGUAUUAUGAGCAGCUAUGUUGCCCUGGGUAAAAACUUUCAAUCAUUUCAAUUUUACAUUCAUCAUAAUACGUACCCUGUUAUCUUUUUCAUAGUCUAUUAAAAUAGAUUUUAGUCUCAUACGUCAGGUUUUUCAUUUUAAGGCUGCCCGCCAAAGUAGACAAUUCAAUUGAAAAGGAGACGGUUCAAAUGGCAACAGGGCCAGUUCAAAUUUGGAAAAAUACUUUUUAAGGUGAAAAAGCAGUAGCUGGUCAAUUACAACUUGCACUACUAUUUGAGAUAGAUCAAUCGAAACUUAUUGAGAACCCUAAGCAUGAAUUAGUUGAUAGUAUAUAAUAUGGAUGAAAAUUAUGUAAAUGAUGUGUCAUCGACACUUAAAGUGUUAAUAUAUCAAUGAAUUUAUAACAUAUGCCUCUACUUAAUUUCUUAUAUUAUUUUAACCACUCGAUUGAUAAUGGCAAUUUAAGCAUGAUUUUAAAGCUCAGUUAAUUGCCUUGAUAUAUAUGUUCAUUUGAAUUUUCCGUGGUCAUUGAUAGAUUUAUAUGUAAUUUGAAUGAAGUUUCUCCUUUUUUUAAAUGCUACAGCAUAUCCUUGAGAAUACCCUUUUUUGAGGUACUGGUACUGUCCAAGCUCAAAAUACUGUGAGAAUGGCAUGUUUGAUAUUAAUUGUGCUACAGUAUGAUAAAAUGUUAGCUUGUAAGUACUUGUGUGUGACCCUCUGUAUAUAGAUGCACUAUGUGCUACAUUUUCAGAUGUGUGUUGAAGGUACUGCUGAAAGAAAAACAGCUAGAAUAAGUUUUCAAACUUGUACAGUAUGAUUAAGGAUCAGGUCCUUUGAACUGGGGUUAUGAACUAAAAUGAGUAUGUGUGGUUCAAUACAGUUUUAUGUACAUGUAUUAUAGCAAAGGUAAAAGGCUAAUUCCUUGAGGGAAGGCCGGUGUUGACCCUGUUAAUCAAUGGCCUUAAAGCUUGCCAAUUUUCUUAUCUAUUGAAACAUUUAAAUUAUGUUCACUAGUUUUUAUUUUGCACAAAGGUACGAUUUCCUAGAUUUAAGAAAGAGAAAUGAAAAAAAUAGCUAGUUUGCCUUCGUAAACUUGUAACCAACUUAAAAGUUUGCACAACAUGUAAAUUUUCAUAAAGUUGGAACUAAUCCCUAGUGUAUUGACUGCUGUACGCUGAAAAGAUGUAUUAAAUUUUGCUAUAAACUUGAUGGCCAAAAUGUAUUUGGUUUAAUUACGCAAUCUGUAAAUAGCAUCUUUACUAUUUAUUUGUUUUGAGUUUGUCUCAAACUGUUCUUGUAUACUGAAUGACUGAACAAGUGUUAUAACUUGUUGUUUUACUUUUUAUAAUUAGUUUGAAAUUGUUUGCCAGUGAAUAGUAACUACAUAUACACAGUAUUUGAUUAUCUAUAGACUUUAGCCAUUCAUCAUAGUUUUAGACUUCACUUGCCACUGCUUGCUCUAUACGACUGGCUUAGAUGAUCUAAACAUUAGAGUAACCUGUAGGAUAUAGAGAUAAGAAAAUCAUGAAUUUGCAGAUGAUGAAUAUGGGGCCAAUCUUUUAUAUUUACAUGAAAACAUCAGAAUCAAAAUAGCACCACCAUAUGUACUACAGUUAGUGUCAAGUACUACCAUAUGUACUACAGUUAGUGGCAAGUACUACCAUUUGUACUACAGUUAGUGUCAAGUUUUAGUCUGUGGCAGUUAAGUUUGAUGAAUUUAAUUUUCAUGUCCAUAGAUGAAACAGCUGAAAUUCAAAGUUGUAAUUAAGUGAUCUCAAUCUAAAAGUAUAACUCUAUUCCUGAAGUAUUCGUUUCACAUCAUGCAGUACUAUACCUAGCUUUAAGUUCACAUCAAAAUCCCCAUUAUUUGCUGCUGCAGGAGGGGACUUCUUCUUUAUUACAAGCUAGUUUUUUGCAUAACAGGUGCAUUAUUUUUUUUAUAAAUGUCAAUACAUUAGUUUUCAGUCCCUUUCAAUGUGACCAUCGUGCAAUCAGUGAUGGUCAUUCAUACUUGAUGCGCUAUAUAUUCAUUUGUAAAUAUUCAUAUAGUCUUAAAUUUCACUUGUAUAGAUUUAGAAAAAACUUACUCUAGCAUGCUAAUGUUCUUGAAUGGAAACGGGUGUCAGACUAACACUUACUAGGUUUUAACAUGCAGUAUUUUGUUUACUUGGUCAGUCUUUAAUUUAAAAGCAAGUACUAAUAACUUCAUGUCCAAAUCAUAAAUUGUUUACACAUUUAGUCGUUGUCAAUUUUUCAGACAGCUGUAGACACAUGCAUGUAAAACAGGUUGGUGUAUGUACCUUACACAGAUGUUCUCAUAUGCAUAAGGAACUGGUUGGUGUAUGUACCUUGCUCUAUAAAGUUAUGCUGCUGUCAGAGUAUAGUUUUCAUAUUUAUUUAAGUAUUUGUAUUGUAAGUAUUUAUUUAUGGGAUGUCAACACAACUAUCAAAUGGGUUUGCUCAUGUUAACUUAUAGAUUUGUGCAUGUUUAUAAGAAGUAGAUGUACUACUGAUAGGGGGAACUCACUGUCUGAACCCAUUGUGUAAGGCAUAAUGGAGCAGUUCUUUUAAGGGAAUGGCCCACCGACAAUUGCAUCACAUAACACACAAUCUCUACUGAAUUUCAACAGUCUACUUUAGUCAAAAGGAGGAAUCUCUUUCAUUACUAACAAACAGUCAUUGCAAGAAGUAAAUCGCUCUGUGUCAAAAUCCUUUCUCAUUUAGUUAUCACAACAAUUGUGGCUUAAAAGGUUGUGAACUAUUGCCAAAUUUCAAAACUUGCAUCAUUUUUGCCUUGUAAAUUGUUUCCCAUCUACAAUGUACAUUUGUAAUAUUUAAUAAACUACAGCAAUAUGCAGACUGCAAAGUGCUGGUCAACUUAUAUGGAAUGUAAGCUCAUCAUUAAGCACUUUGUCAAACUUUAAAUUGAAACCUUUUUGUUAUGUGUAGAAACUGUAUUUUUAAGCCGAACACCUUAUAUCGUCGUUGCAUUAAGAAAGUAUUUUUGUAUUUUUUGUACUGAUAAAAUUCUAUGAAGAUUUUAGCAAUUGUGAAUAUUUGUAUUUAUUGUAUUUGGUAUAUGCAAUAUUUGUUGAACAGAGGAGUUUUAAUUUAAUACUGUUGCCUGUUUGAAGAUUUGAUAGCGGAUUUUAAGUGAAUGAUUUGUAAAGAAAGUUGUUUAAAUAUAAACUAUGAUAAUCAUGUAAUUUGAUUAAAAAUGAAAAAAAAGA